UAGAUCGGCGCUCUUAUUGACCAAGUUGGAGUCGGGGGGGCCGACCCCGAGGUACGUGACAUUGCUUGACCAUUUGGGUUAUCUUUCAUCAAGCGUAUGGCUUAUCUACGUAUCUCUCUCAGCUCGUUUGUGGGUACCGGGCCCGACAACUCCAAGUUGUUUUCGUAGACGUAUACGUAUACCUACUAGCCACAACGUCCACCUCCCUCUAUUGGGAAAAUCAACCGGUGAACAAGGUGAAGUUAUCGCUGGGUUAAGAUGAAGCUAAAGAGACUCUAGUAGAUAUCCACCCCCGCAACUAUUCGCACUACGCUCCCCCAUAUCUGCCAAGAUGGCCAAUUUUGCUGGGCCAGAUGCCAAUCAUCGAGAUAAGGACGACAUGGGCAUAUAUCGUAUUGCGCUGAUACCCUGCGUAAUGGGUAUAAAGUAAAAUACCUGCCAUCCGAACGCAAAAAAAUCAUUAGGUAGUAUUCUUCUCUCUUAAUGCGACUUGAGUCAAAAGUGAUCGAAGACGCGACUUUCGGCCUUCAUUGCUACCGCGACCCCCUACCUUGUUCGUUGCAAAUAGUCAUCUCCUGGUAUUAGUGAGCCAUGGCGAACUCCAAGCUCACGCUCAUGCUCCUAUUAUGGUGCUCGAGCAUUAUGUCAACAUCAUUGGGAUAUGACUCCUCUAUGAUGUCCGGGCUCAACAUCCUGCCCUCUUACACGGACUACUUCGAGCUGACGACCGUGACCCUGGCCCUGCAGUCGUCUAUGUCAUGGGCUGGGUGCGCGGUGGCCGGCUUCGGCUACGGCAAGCUGACCGACUGGGUGGGGAGGAAGAAGGCGAUGUGGAUCAGCGCGGUCAUCACCCUGGUCGGCGUCGUCAUCCAGGCCGCCUCCCAGAACAUCGCCAUGUUCGUCAUCGCCCGCUUCAUCGUCGGCAUCGGCAACGGCGCCACCUUCAUCUGCGGCCCCAUCUACCUCGCUGAGAUCUUCCCCCUCAAGUGGCGUGGCAUCGGCUUGGCCUUAUUCAUGGACUUCUUCUACGUCGGCGGACUCCUGUCCUCAGGAAUCACGUACGGCACAGCCAGGAUCCCCACGACCUGGGCGUGGCGGCUCCCCUCUGUCCUGCAGGGUCUCUUCAUGGUGCUGGCCGUGAUCGUGCUGCCGUGGGUGCCAGAGUCGCCCCGAUGGCUCGUGUACCAGGACCGCCACGCCGAGGCUCUCCAGGCCAUCGCGGUCACCCAGGCGGACGGCAACGUCGACGACCCGGUCGUGCUGCUGACGUACCAGGAGAUCAUCGACACCCUGCAGAACGAGCGGGAGACUGGGCAGAAGACGAGCUAUGUGGAUCUUGUCAAGUCGAAGAAGAGCAUGAAGAGGCUUAUGCUGGCUGUUUCGGCUGCUGUCUUCUCUAUGAUUUCUGGAAACAAUAUCAUCACCUUCUAUCUCGGCACGAUGCUGAACAAUGCUGGUGUCACUGAUACCACCACGCAAUUGGAAAUUAACAUCAUCUUGAACGCUUGGUGUCUGGUGAUUGCGAUAGCCGGCACGUUCAUGCUCGACACCGUCGGACGACGUCCUCUCGCUAUCUAUUCCUCGGCGCUGAUGACAGUGUUCCUCUUCCUCGUGGGCGCUAUGACUAAAGUGUAUGGAAAUGCCGAAAACACGUCAGGUGUAUACGGCACGGUGGCCUGUAUAUUCUUGUUCCAGGGAGCCUACAGUCUGGGAUGGACACCCCUCACGAUGCUGUAUCCGCCAGAAGUUCUUAACUACUCCAUCCGAUCCGUGGGUAUGGGUGUGUGCACGUUCCUCGGGAACGGGGCUGGAUUGAUGGUUACGAUGGCGUUCCCCAUCGCGCUCGAGGCAAUCGGAUGGAAGACGUACAUGAUCAACGGUGCGUGGGACGUGCUCCAGGUCGUGUUCAUCAUGGUGUACUGGGUCGAGACCAAGGGCAAGACUUUGGAAGAGAUCGACGAGAACUUUGACGGCCCCAACGCCGCCCAUACUAUCCACGUCCAGGAUGUCAUCGAAGGAAGGGAUCCCGGCCUAAUCCUCAAGGGAAACAACGUUGUGGUUACUAAGGAUGCUGCUACUAGGAGCGUAUCGGCCGAGGAUGCUUGAGCGAAAGAAGGGACUAGGGGAUGAUGUGGGGUGCCUAGGUACAUAGAUAGAUGGCGAUUUAGAAUGUUGAUAAAUUGCCGAGCUAUUCUAGUAGCUAGUUCAUUAUAGAGUUAUCAAAUCAUAAUAUGAGAGAAUCUGAAAGACAAUGUUUUCCCUUUUCCGGCUUUCGGCAUGUUGUCAAUACCUAUGAUUGUGAGGUUGGAAGGAAU